AUGGACAUCCUCCGCCGCCUGGGCCGGCAGCUGGUCGGCGCAAACUCUUCGGCGCUGCCUCCGCCUCCGCCUCCGCCCCCGUCGUACGAAGACAGCCAGGAGGCGGCAAUGCGCUCGAUUGUGGACGGCUCUCUCUACCUUGCGAGCCUCGCGUUCCCGGAUCUGUUCGAGACACCGCCCGGGCCGCCGGGUGCAUCUGCGUCCUCUCCGGACAUCGUGUUAAGAGCCGUGCUGAUGGACCUGGCCGCGGCCCCUUGCCAUGGCCGCACGUAUCUGCACCGCAUGCGCCAGCACAUGGGCAGCGCCUCCAUCUCACCCAUGACCAAGUCUCAGAUCCGACAAGCAUUGAAAUAUGUGCAAAGCGAGAGGCAACUGGAUAUAGGGUCGACCCGGGAAGAAGGCAAGGGCAAGGGCAAAGGGAAGCGCAAACGGCGCUUGCAGGCGCCGGCCGUUGACACUCGUAGAGCCUAUACCAUUACGGAGGAGUCCAUGGCUCUGCUCCUUUCGGCCCAGACGCUGCAGAGAUACUACGCAAAGCAACAACACCGCGACCCCUCCGGCCGCUCCAAGACUCGCCUCACUGAACUCAGGGCCUGCAGCGAGAAGUGCGGCUGUUUCGACUACGACUCGGCUACCACACUUCGCCAGCGACCAGGGUCCACGGACCGAGACAGGGCGGAGGCGGACGAGAAGCACCAGCGCGAAACAGACGAAGACGGAAACGCCCUGGAGCUGUGCUACUGCCGGCACCCGGCGUCCUCGCACGCGAACGGCGGGCCCGCCGUCAGCAAGCUGCUGCUGCGGUACGUGAACUGGGACCAGAGGAUGUACGCGGCGCUGGGCCACCGGGACGCGUCGCUGGUGCGCAAGAGGUACCUGAGCCAGGUGGCGCGGUGCCAGGGGGACGGGUGCGGGUGCGCCGACUACGACGGGCGGCAACUACCGGGGGCCGGGGCGAGGAGCAGCACGGCGGGCGCGGACCGGCGGUGCAACUGCGGGCACAGCGACGUCCUGCACGUGCCGGCCCGGGGUGCUGGAGGCCGGAAGGGGGCCGGUAGUCGGGGGAGGAGGGAGGCGGAUGGGGAUGGUGACGGGGCUUGGAUCCUGGUCGAAGCCGCGUAUCUGGGGUUUGAUGAGGUCAGGGGGCGGACGGAGGCGUUUGGGUGA